AUGUCUGCAAGAUUUCAACAGCCAUUACUGGCCUUUCUGGCUAUCAUACACGUCGCGACAGCAGCCACAGUCACUUUGACCGAGUCACCUGCCUACGCAUCGCAACGAAGCUGUGCUAUAUAUUGCUGGUACGCCGGCUUCUCUGUCGACGGAGGACCUGAUCAACUUGCUUCCGAACUCGACUGCCCCGUCGAUCCGAUCGAAAACGACUGUUUCUGCAGACCUGAUCUGCAAGCGUCUGCCGACUCCUACCUCAAAAGCUGUGUGAGCGGCGUGUGCGACGGAAACACUGUCGAUGUCAAUAGCGCAGUGAGCAUAUAUGACAGCUAUUGCACCUCUGCUGGCUAUCUCCGAGCUGAGGAAACAGCUCCCGCUCAAACCUCUUCAGGUACGCAGCAACCUCCUGCCACGGUGACGGUGACCGCCCUGCGCACCGUGACCGUCUCCUCGGGCCAACAGUCGUUACGGUCGCCUACCUCGUUGACAACGGGAACGCCUACAUCGCCCACUUCAGACGACACAUUAUCUUCAAGCUCCAACAGUGCGGACAGCCAGAAUGACAGUGGACUUGAAACUGGGGAGCUCGUCGGUAUCAUCGUUGGCAUCCUCGGUUUCAUUGCCACCUCUAUCGGGGUUUGGUUCUCAUAUCGAAUGCUCAAGAACAAGAGAGCCGGGCAAGGAAAUGGUGCGUUCAUGGUUCCACCACAUCCGCACCCGAUACAACCUGUCACUCACACGGCCAAAUAUCCCGUCAUGGCCCAGGACAAUUACUUUGGCUAUAGGUAG